UAAGUUCGUGUUUUCUAAUCUGUAAAACGUUACCGUAUGUUUUGAAAGUUCGGAUAGUCUUUUCAUGAAAUUUCAGACACCAUGCAUUUUUGGGAAGGAAAUGCUCAAAGACCCCGCCUUUCUGGCGAAUUUCAUCCAAACUCUAGCACAGAACAAGCACCUAAUCAAAGCAAAACAGCUCCAUUCUCAGCUAAUCUCUGCUGGGUAUCCUCUAUGCACUUCUCUCAGCAAUCACCUUGUCAACAUGUACUCCAAAUGCGGGGAAUUAGGUUACGCAGUGAAAAUGUUCGAUAAAAUGACUCAAAGAAACUUGGUGUCUUGGACUGUGAUGAUUACGGGGUUUUCCCAAAAUUAUAUGCUCUCAGAGGCGGUAAAGACCUUCUGCCUCAUGAGAUCUUACGGCGAGAGCCCGACCGAGUUUGCUUUUUCGACUGUUAUUCGAGCUUGUACGUCUCUGGGAUCGGUUGAUUUUGGGAGGCAAAUGCAUGGGCUCUCGUUGAAAUAUGGGUUUGCUUGUGAGUUAUUUGUGGGUAGUAAUUUGGCCAAUAUGUAUUCUAAAUGUGGGAUGAUAGUUGAGGCCUGUAAAGUUUUUGAGGAACUGGAAUUUAAGGAUGAAGUGGCUUGGACAGCCAUGAUUGAUGGGUAUGCAAAGAAUGGUGAGUUCGAGGAGGCAAUAAUGGCUUAUAAGAGAAUGGUUAAUGACGGGGUUGUAAUUGAUCAACAUGUUCUUUCUAGUACCUUGGAUGCUUGUGGAGGGCUCAAGGCUCAAAGUGCAGGAAAAUGUCUUCAUUCACUAGUUGUGAAAUUGGGAUUUGAGUUGGAAAUAUCUGUGGGAAAUGCCCUAACGGAUAUGUACUCGAAGGUGGGAGAUAUGGGAAGCGCUUCAAAUGUGUUUGGGAUUGAUUCAAAAUGUAGAAAUAUUGUGUCUUGCACUUCGUUGAUUGAUGGGUAUGUUGAGUUAGGUCGAAUGAAGGAGGCUUUGGAUGUUUUUGUUGAGUUGCAGAGACACGGGAUCCAACCUAACGAGUUUACUUUUUCGAGUUUGAUCAAGGCUUGUGCUAAUCAGGCUGCACUUGAGCAAGGGUCCCAGCUUCAUGCUCAAGUACUUAAAUUCAGUUGUCACAGAAACCAUUUUAUAUCUUCGGUGCUUGUUGAUAUGUAUGGAAAAUGUGGCUUGCUUGAUGAUUCCAUCCGGGUAUUUGAUGGGAUUGAAGAACCAACAGAAUUUGCAUGGAAUGCGUUGAUAAAUGCUUUUGCUCAGCAUGGUUUAGGGGAAAAGGCAACGGAAAAUUUUGACAGGAUGAAGAAUAGAGGAGUUAAACCAAAUGCAAUAACAUUUAUCUGUCUUUUGCGAGGUUGUAGUCAUGCUGGAUUAGUGAAGGAAGGUUUAAAUUACUUUUAUUCUAUGGAGAAAAUUUAUGGAGUAAUGCCUAGAGAAGAACACUACUCUUGUGUAAUUGAUCUACUAGGCCGAGCUGGAAAACUUAAAGAAGCUGAGGAAUUUAUUAACAAAAUGCCUUUUGAGCCGAAUGCUUUUGGAUGGUGUUCUUUUCUUGGAGCCUGCAGGAGUCAUGGCGAUAAGGAUAGGGGUAAACUUGCAGCAGAAAAAUUGAUGCAGCUAGAACCUGAAAACAGUGGAGCUCAUGUUCUACUUUCAAAUAUUUAUGCAAAGGAACAACAGUGGGAAGAUGUCAGGGCUUUGAGGAAGAUGAUGAGAGAUGGAAAUGUAAAGAAACUGCCUGGUUAUAGCUGGGUUGAUAUUGGGAACAAAACUCACAUAUUUGGAGCUGAAGAUUGGUGUCAUCCUCAAAAGAAAGAAAUCUAUCAGAAACUCGAUAUUCUCCUUGACCAGAUAAAGAAUGCUGGAUAUACUUCUAACACAGAGUCUAUUCCUUUGGAUAUUGAUGAUUAUACAAAGGAGAAAAUGCUCCAUCAUCAUAGUGAGAGAAUUGCUGUUGCAUUUGCACUAAUAAGCAUGCCAAUUGGGAAGCCAAUAAUUGUAAAGAAAAACUUAAGGGUGUGCAUAGACUGCCAUUCUGCUUUGAAAUACAUCUCUAAAGUAUCUCAGAGAACAAUUAUUGUCAGGGAUAAUAGCCGAUUCCACCAUUUUACUGACGGUUCAUGUUCUUGCAGAGAUUUUUGGUAAAGGUUUUCUAGUAUCAAGGUUUAUCAUGAACACUUUCCUCAAAAAAAAAAAAGGUAAAAAAAGGGAAAGGUUUAUCAUGAACAUCAUGAACUUGCAACUACUUUCUAACUAGUUUAGUGUCAUGGAGAGUCAGCAAAAAUCUCGAUCAUAGAAGAUUUCACAUUCUUUGGUUUAAAAUCAAUUUAUUAUUACAAUUUUCGCUUGCCAUUAGCUCAUAAUUUACUUCCAUGCCAUUAAUAAGCUUGUGGCAAGGAUUCAGACCUCGUGGAGUGGAGUAUAUUUCCAUUCAGAUUAUUAGUUAUGUGCAAUAUUGUCGUACUGAAUCUUAAACAAGUAUACUGCAACUUCGUUU